AUGCCUCCAAAGCGUCGUCCCUCCGGCAGCGAUCGCUCCUCAGACGACAAGAACGUCUUCAUUCCACCCGAGCGCACCAUGAACGCCGCACAGUAUGCCGCCACCGCACGCGGAUCCAGCACUCCUGCAACAGCCAGAGCCGACCGAGCCACCCGUGCAGCCCUAUUGUCAACAAGCAACGACAAGAUGAGCCCACCUGCUUCCAAUCGAGCCCCGGUAAUCUCCCCCGAGUUGCUCAAUACACCUGUCAUCAAAGAAGAAGCCAUCGAGCCUGCGCCUGUGGUAAUGGCCAGUUCCGCUCCUACCAUCCAAAGUCCUCUACUCCCUGCCAGCAACACUAACAUGAGUUCACCUGCUUCUAACCAUGCCCUGGCAAUGUCGGAGCUGAUCAACCCGGUUGUUAUCAAAGAGGAGGAUAUGGCUGAAUUUGGGAUCGGUGCCGAUGUACCAUCCGUGAGCAGCAAGACGGACCCGGCUGCUAGACAGUGA